AUGUGCCAAACCCGCACAAUCAGCUACACCUGCUCCCACUUCUGCACUUUCCGCCUCUCGAAGUGCCACGCCCAUUACCUUGCUCCUAGCUCGUCUACCAAGAACAAAAAGUCUUCUCGCGAGGAACGAAAGCCUUCUUGUUCUGGACAUGCAGCUAUCACGAUCUACUCUCAGCAAGAAUGUGGGCCGUGCAGUAAGGAGAGAGUGACCAAGGCCCUCGACGAGAAAGUUGCGGCGCUGGUCUUGAUGACUUCUUGCGGCGAGCAGGAGUAUGGUUGCGAUGGAACCGAGGACGAGGGUGAAGCUGAUGAGUGUAGGGAUACAGAAUUGGUGAGGCUUCAAGAAGAACGGGAUCGAAGGCUCUUCGUUCUUGAUAAGGAGUUUCCGGACUGGAGGUAUAAGAAGAAUACUGUGAAGCCUGAGAAGGGAUUUGUGGGAGCUUCUUCAUGUUCUCCUGAGCUUUCUUGGAGCCCCGUCGGAUCUACACCUUCACAACGACCACAAAAGCGUCCACCAAGUAAACUGAGAACAGAGGUCCUACCAGAAGACAUCGCUCUCCCAUUUGUUCCGGACGAGACAUACUCCUCUCACGACGCCGAUUGGGGCUGGGCAGAUUCAUCCUCGGGAAAGUGGCCGAGUCUAGCAGACGAAAUCGCAGAAAAUGAGGCCGCCAGAGAAGCAGCUAGUAUCACUGUCUCGUGGGGUCCUUGGGCUGGACAGAAGAGUCCAGAAGAGGAAGCGCUGUAUCAGUCAUGGUCAGCGGAUCAAGCGGUCAAGGAGACCAAGAGCAGAGCUGAAAUCAAAGAGGCUGGCACCACCGAAGAUAACUCCGACUUCCGAGUCGAAGAUCGUACCAAUCAAUCGCCCACUUGUGAUUCGAACCCGGAAAAGGGAGGCGUAAAUACAAUCGAUGAGAAAGUUGAGCAGGAUCCUGGGAAAGAUUGGGAGGAGAGAAGUUUCGACGUAUUGGAUACUCUGCUUGCGGUGCAUUGA